AUGGAACACUCUGGCCCUACCCUCCCCGUCGACUUUGCGCCGCAUCUCCUCGUCCGCAUUUGCGAUGCCAUUCUCGAGCCCCUCCUCAGCCCUCAGUCGCCCCUAAAGCCCUAUACAAAACCCUGGGGACGCGCUACAACCGCAUCCUGGCAAACAUCUUCUGCACUCCAUUCCAUGGAUUCACCAGAUAUCUACACAAGCUCAUCUAGAAGAGAGUCUGUCAAUCUUGGUAUCGGCACCAGAGGCUCCACCGCCUUGACCGCCAAGAGCGACAUUCUCGCCUUUGUUUCAUGUCGAAAGGACAUUUGGAUCGCAUGUGGUGACAUGAUCCAUCGCCAUGUGCGUGUCAGCAGUCUGGCCAUUGCAGACGUUCUUGUCAGUCGUCGAAGCUGCUUGACAAACACUAGAGUGAUGGAACUAUACAUCACGCGCGAAAUUGAAGCAUCCCAGGCGCAGACAGACCUCAAUCUCGCCCGUUUCUUCAUCCAAGCGGGAAUCCUACUCCUCUGGUCUCCUUGUCUACACACGAUCAUCCUCGAUAUCCGCGCUCUCCCCGCGGAACCUCAUAUAUGGGCCAGCUUUAUUAGCCGCCUGCGCCAACGCCUCUUUAUCACUCCACCCCAAGUCCCCCCACAACCCGCCCGCACCCUCCACCCACGCGACAGUGCACUCAUCGACUCGCUCACGGAAGCCAGUUUCCACGCCGAAGUCGGCCCACGCUGGACAGACUCGCAAGGCGUGUUCAACUCGCCCAACCGCGUUUCCAUCCCACAUUUUGCAAUCGGACUCAGCUAUGGACAAACGGGCAACAUUCUUCGCGGAUUCGGCGGAGUUCUCGACGCCAUUUUUGCGCACCAUCCGCCCACAGCGACGGAGAAUGGGCUUCCAGGGAUGCUUGCAAGGCCAGGUCAUUUCAUGACGAGCAUUAUUACGACGCGGAAUCUCGCCACGCUCACGACACUCAAUCUACUCGUCCCGCGUCCGGCAUGGUCCCAAGAGGAGCUCGAAGGCAUGACGCUCGGAUUCGUCCUCCGUCGCCUGGCGAAUCUACGCCACUUGGGCUUGCACGCCGAUGGAAGCAUUCAGCAAAACUCGACGAAUGCAGAAUUUGGACUCAUGAGUCGGCCGCCGUAUAAUGGCGCUGGCAUCGAGGGAGACAGUAGUGAUGACGAGGCGGAUAUGGCCAUUAUGGCGGACGGGACGGUGACGUAUCAGACGCGAAAGGGGAGUCUUGGUGGACAUCAACCUUCUACACCCAACGUCACGGCGACUACAAAUGUCAACCCGAUACCAACGAGUCGGAGGAUCGAAGUCGGUUCGUCUGGGUCCAUCUCCUCUGAAGCUGGAUACGGUGCCGAGCGGUGGUGGGCCGGCAUUUUCCACGCGCUUUCCGUGCCCGAGGGGUACGUCGAGGAGCAGUUGGGAAUGAAAGCCGAGUUUGCGCAGAGCAUCCAUACACUCCGAAUCUCUGUUGCUGUACCUGGAGGAAACGUCGAAGUGGCGCAUUUCGACGCGUUUUUCGAAAUGGUCGUGCCUUAUUUCCAGAAUAUGGUGUCGUUGCAGACGCUCGUGUUUGACAUGUCGUUUGCGGCCCCCCAGCAGAGUGAUUCGCUCAUGAUUUGGAAGGGCGAGGGCAGUAAACGGGUGUCGCCUUAUGAUCGACAGCGGUAUUAUGUCGAGCGCGUCCUGGAUAGGAGCGCGUCGUCCCUUCCGUUUGUGGGUUCCGGCGUCGGCAAGCCGAUGCUCACGAAUUACUUGUCCGAGCCGACGACGUCGAGGACGAGUAUGGGGGCCGGGAGGGAGAAUAAACGGUUUACGCUCGAUGAUUCUACCUCUGAGUCGGCGAGGAAAGAGUUUGGCGAUAUGGGGAGUGCAAUACCGAUCCACGUGGAAGGAACAGGGGGCUCCAGUGACGAAGUUUUCGCGCCGAGUUUGCGACAUGUCUAUUUUGGCGAGUAUUAUGGGUUGCCACCGUUUGCGCCGAGUGAUUGGGAGACGAGCUUGCGUGAUGGGUCCUCGACCGUUCCACCUCCCGGCACAAUCGUUGAUGGUGCGCAUUCGCUUGGAGAGAAAAAGUCAAACCCGUCGUUUAUCAAGGGUGUGACGGAUAAGGCGACGUCCAAUAGUUCGAACAGUACGGCGAAUGGACGCGUGAAUCGCGAUAUUUCGCGGAGUUUGCCUGGGAUGUGGUGGACGAUUGCGCCGUUGGAAGCUGUUGGUCCUGAUUUCCCAAAGAGCGCGGAUGGACGGGUUUAUCAUCUAGGAAUCAAACCUGGAGAACUUGCGAAUCGCAUUGUAGGUCUCACUCCCAGUGGUCCGUGGCAAAACCAACGUAUAUUCCAGAUUACCGUCGGAGAUCCAGCGCGUGCCAGGACAAUUGGACGAUACUUGGACCGACAAGCGACGGCUAAAGCUGUCGAAAACGUACAAGACCAGGCUGAGAGCGGCGUAUCCGGGAACCACAACGGCGCGCAUGCCAAUGACGCACCUCUGAGCGUAUUUGAACUCUACUCGGAGCGUGGAUUCUUGACGAUCACGGGCACGUACAAGGGUACACCCGUCAGUAUCGUUAGUAUCGGCAUGGGCUCGGCCAAUAUGGAUUUCUUUGUCCGCGAGGCUCGCGAGGUGCUCGAUCAAGCGGGUGCAGGAGAUAUGGUCGUCAUUAGAUUUGGUUCCUGUGGGUCGUUGGUAGACGACUUGCCUGUGGGCAGCUUGACGGUUCCCAAGACGUCGCUUUGCGUGACGAGAAACUAUGACUUUGAUUUUAUGCAAGAGGAGGGUCUGGAUGCGGCUCGACCUGAUUUCAUGGAUGCCUAUCGGAUUUCCAAACCCGUCAGAGCAGACUCGGUUCUUCACGAUCUCCUAGUAGCGAUACUCCGAGAACAUCUUCCGUCAAGUACGCCCGUCGUGGACGAGCAUCUCAAUGCGUCUGCGGAUAGCUUUUACUCUUCACAAGGGCGCAUUACCUCAUUUCCCGAUCAUAAUACCGGGUUGAUUGAUCACCUUGCGGCGUGCAAUGUUGGGUCAUUAGAGAUGGAAACGUUCCAUUUGCUUCAUUUGGCCGCGAAUUGGCCUCGGCCACACGCUCCCUCAACGCAAGUGGCUGAGAAAAAUGGUCAGGAGACAGAUCAAGGUGCUGAACCCGUACCUCCACCACCAACCAGUAUCGCCGUGGACCCACUCAUCCUGCCCUCCGACAAUCCACUCCCAACGCAGGACACAGAGGAAACGAUUCUCUAUCCGAGCCCGCAACAAAAGACUGCUUCUUCGGCAUCUCAACAACAUAAGCGUAUUCGAGCGGCUGCAGUCCAGAUGAUCUUUGCCGAAAGGGGAUCGCGAGCGUUUAUCACGCCACAAGAGGUCGAGGUCCUGCAGGAAACGACGAGCAAGGCAUUAUUGGAGACGUUGAUCAGAUGGGAGGAUGUAAACUAA